AUGGAGAAAGCAAUUCAAAGACAGAGGGUCCUGCUUGAGCAUCUUCAACCCAGUUCUUCAAGUUCGAGUUUUUUGCACCAAACCCAUCAAUCUACGGAUCUCUCAGCUUCACUGUGUUUUGCUGGGAACUCUUCACAUGGGCAAAGAGGUGGAUCAGAAGAUGAUGUGGUGAUUGUAGCGGCAUAUCGAACUGCCAUUUGCAAAGCAAAACGUGGGAGCUUUAAGGAUACCCUUCCUGAUGACCUUCUUGCCUCAGUUCUGAAGGCUGUGAUUGAGAAAACAAAUGUGGACCCAGUAGAAGUUGGAGACAUUGUCGUGGGCACAGUACUGGCCCCUGGAUCAGACAGAGGAAUUGAGUGCAGAAUGGCUGCCUUUUAUGCAGGUUUCCCAGAGACUGUGCCUCUUCGAACUGUCAAUAGGCAAUGUUCAUCUGGACUGCAGGCAGUUUCUGAUGUAGCUGCUUAUAUAAAAGCCGGGUUCUAUGACAUUGGUAUUGGGGCUGGAGUGGAGUCUAUGUCCCAUGACACUGUCAAUAGGCUUAGCAACAUUAACCCAAAGGUAGAAACCUUUGCACAAGCCCGGGAUUGUCUUCUUCCUAUGGGGAUAACUUCUGAGAAUGUGGCACAGCGCUAUGGCGUGACAAGGCUAGAGCAAGAUCAGGCUGCUGUUGAGUCUCACAAGCGUGCUGCAGCUGCAACAGCAUCAGGUAAAUUCAAAGAAGAAAUCAUUCCCGUUUCUACAAAGUUUGUGGACCCUAAAACUGGAGUGGAGAAGAAAAUUGUUGUGUCUGUUGAUGAUGGUAUCCGGCCAAACACAAACAUAGUGGAUUUGGCAAAGCUGAAGCCUGCAUUCCACAAAGAUGGAUCUACAACAGCAGGGAAUGCUAGCCAAAUUAGUGAUGGUGCAGGAGCUGUGCUCCUCAUGAAGAGAAGAGUGGCUGUGCAAAAAGGGCUUCCUAUUCUUGGAAUCUUCAGGAGUUUUGCUGCUGUUGGAGUAGAUCCUGCAGUCAUGGGUGUUGGCCCAGCUGUUGCCAUCCCAGCCGCUGUGAAAUCUGCUGGUCUAGAACUUGGCAGCAUUGACUUGUAUGAAAUCAAUGAGGCAUUUGCAUCACAGUACGUUUACUGCUGCAAGAAAUUGGGACUUGAUCCCAGAAAGGUCAAUGUCAAUGGUGGUGCCAUUGCUCUUGGACAUCCUUUGGGCGCUACAGGUGCUCGCUGUGUUGCAACAUUGUUGAAUGAGAUGAAACGCCGUGGCAAGGAUUGUCGCUUUGGUGUAAUCUCAAUGUGCAUAGGGUCUGGUAUGGGAGCUGCUGCUGUUUUUGAAAGGGGAGAGUUUUGA